AUGCGGAAGGCCUUCUGCAACUACUACCACUUCACCACCGUUGCCUUGGCUCGGAUCGUGGCAUUGCUGCCCCAGCUCAGAGCGGAUAAGUCCAUCACAGUGCUGAUCCCGCAUCCCAACAAGAAAGGGCAGCGUUCUCCGUACAUGCGGGAGAGCCUACGCCUUCUAGGCCUGGAGGAUCAGGUGAUGGACUUCCCCCCGUGCCGCCUGGUCUUCGCCGAGGAGUUGCUGGUGGCGGGGCUGGGCCCAAGGACCGCCUUCGGCCGCGACCGCCUGGGCCGCGCGCGGGCCAUCAUGGCCGAUGUGGCGGAUGAGGGCCCCACGCGCGCGGUGCGGCAUGCUGUGCUCGCAGCCCUGAGGCCGCCGCCAGCCAGGGAAUCUGUGCUUCUCAUCGACCGGCACGAGCGGCGGCGGAUGGCAAACCUGGCAGAGGUGCUGGACGCUCUGGGGAAGCUGCCGAGCGGCCACACUGCACGGCUCAUCUACUGCGAAGAUCUCAGCUUCGUGGAGCAGGUGUCGGCCUUCCAAGGCGCCCAAGGGGCGGUGGCGGUGAGCGGGGCCUGCCUGGCCAAUAGCCUCUACAUGCCUCAGGAGUCCUUGGUUCUGGACCUUGUCACGGAGAAGAACUACAUGGGAGCAGAUGUGGUGAUGCCUUUGGACUGCGGCAUCACCUGGUUCUGGACGCUGACGCUGAAUGUGAAGGUGCGGUACCGGAGUUUGAUCCUGCCUGAGGGGGAUCUGGAUGCGGACACGGUCGAGGUGCCAGCUGACAUGGUGCGUGACAUCUUGGUCAAAGACUUGGCCCCCCACCCAGCGGCCGCUGACGGAGCCUGCGAGAAGCUGCACUGCGAGCCUUUGGCGCCGGUGUCGGCGAUGUGCGCGGCGGUGGCGAACGGUGAUUCGGCUCAGCUCUGCUUCGAUGACUUGGUGGCAGGGCGCACCACUGCUGCCCUGCAGUGCAUGCAGGCGAAGCACCGGAGGCUCCGGGCUCCGGACGCGGCCGGUCCGGGGGACUUUGUCACAAGCCUCGCCAAGUUGCAGCAUGACGCUGAGAUGCUUGCUCACUUGGAGGUGCCGGGUGCAGCGCUGCUGCGCGCCUUGCACCUCGCCGCUUUGCGGCGCUAUGCGACCAGGCCAACGCAGGCUUUCGAGGUGCGGCUGCCGCACAACGACCCGCGGCGGGAGGUCUUCGCUUCGGUCCACCGCGCGGUGUGGAUGGCCCCGGACGCGCGCGCCGAAGGUGAGCCCAUGAACCUCCUCGACGUUGAUGUGGAGCGGCGUUUGUCUUCGGAGGGCAAUGCGGUGGUGGAUGGAGUCCUUUCGGACUCGGCGCUGAAGAUCAUGCAGACGCACCUGCAGCAAAGCACCAUGUACUAUCACCGCGAGAAGUCGGGUGCUUUUCUUCUGGCCUCGCUGGACGAUGGUUUGGCCUCUCAACUCCUGGCUCAAAUCGUGGAGAAGUUGCAAGAGGCCCUGCCCUCCAUCGGCCGCCUCUGCGAUGCGAUGGCCUACAAGACUUUGAGCGUGCCAACAUCUUCCGCGUCGUUUGUGUCUGCGCAGGGCGCUUCGGCGGCAGCCUUGCUGUGGCUGACGCCCUCCAAGAUCGACCAGGUUCUUUCACUGCCAAAGCCCGCGAGCGCAGCCGAGGCGGUGCGCCAUGCCGUGAAUCGCAUGGUGCUCUGGCGUGACGACUGUGCUGCCACUGCGCCCAUUUGGCACCACCACAGCAUAGAGAGUGACUACCUCCACCGGACCGUGCACUUGGUGCUUCGCUUUCAGAAUCCGUCCUGCCAGAGGCGGCGCCGGCCCGGCGCAGGCCCUGGCCAGGUCCUGCCAGAGGCGGCGCCGGCUCGGCGCAGCCCUGGCAGCCUAGACGCUGCCCUGUCCGAGGACAGCUUCGCGGCCUGGGAUCCCUUCACGGAUCCCAGCGACGCGCGGCAGGGAAGAACAACAGCCUAUGCCGUCGGAGAAGAGGAGACGAGUCCGGAGGUCCUGUGGGAUCCACUGGCGGGCCAAAGAGCCUCCGCCUCAAUGGAGCCGGAGGAAGCGAGUCCGGACGACAACUGGGAUCCGUUUGAGGACCCGGAGAUCUUUGCUCUGGCCGCCGAGCUGGCGCUCCAGUUGCAGGACAUGGCGGCCUUGGAGGCCUGGGUCGAGCAGGCCAAGGCAGGCGCGUUGCAUUUUUUGGAGAAGUCAACAAGAGCGGCCAGACUUCCGCGGGACAAAGUUCAGCCCAAGGAGGACCGGCUUCGGCUUGGCAAGGCGCGCGGAGCUGCGGGGAUUCCGAGGUAUCUGCGCCGGAGAACACUUGCCCGCUGCAAGCGGCUGAACUUUGAGGCGCGUGCUCCGGACAUUCCUUUCGCGGACCUGGGCGAGACCCAGGCCCGCGAUUCCACGGAGAUAGAGAUGGUUGAGCUGCGGCAGAAGAACCUGCUCGCGCUGAGGCGGCAUCCCGGCUGCAAGGCCUUCUGGCGCGCCGUCCGCAGCUUGAAGAGGCUGUGGCAGAAGAACCUGGCGAGGCAGUGGGCGGUGGAUCGGACCGGGUGA